CGCAAAUGUCAGACGCCCGUUUCCAAUUCCACACGUUAAUACAUUCUUAAUGGUUUAUUUUCUCAGGCCGCUUGGAAUUAAAUAGGGGAUUCGCCAACUCGAGCUGCGUGCGAGCGGGGGAGUCAGAGAAGGCGAGCGAGGGAGCGUCGGCGGAAGGGAGAGCGAGGCAAAGAAGGCUGCACCUGCGAGAGAGCGAGAGGCCGCAAGGGUUGAAGGGGAAGAGAGCUCCGACGCUCUCCACUCUUCUCUCCUCUCCUGUUCUCGCCGGCGAUCUCACAGGCGCUACGCCUCUUCUCUUCCUUUUGAUUUCUCCUCGCCGGAUGCGGUGUCCUUGCCGCGCUGGGGAAUUUGAAUCGCCGUCUUUAGAGCGGGUUUGUGCCCCUUUUUUGUUUCUUCCCACCUGCGCUUCCUUUUAAUCGUGUUCGGCGUACUUGUGCGGGAGGAACCCUAGUUUUAUGUUGCCGUGUGGUUCUCGAAAGAGCUUACGGGGAGAAUUGAGGGCUGGGUGGAGGUUCGGGUUGAGAUGAGGCGUUGUUUGGUGGGUUAGGGGAAGUGGCCGAGAGGGGAGAUGGAUGAGAAUGGCGGGUCAUUUGUGGAGGUCAGAAGAAUAUCUCAGGGGCCGGAUCGAGGAAGCGUCUACCAUUCGACACCGGAGGUUGUCACAGGAUCAACAGCUUGGAUUGGAAAAGGUUUUUCAUGUGUUUGUGCCCAAGGAAGAGAAAGUGAUGCUCGUGUAUCUUUUGACCUAACACCUUCUCAGGAGGAAUGCUUGCAUAGGUUACAAUACCGACUUGAUGUUUCUUAUGAUAGUUCGAAGAAAGAGCACCAGGAAGCCUUGAGGGGCCUCUGGUAUGCUGCUUAUCCUGGAAUCGAACUCCGUGAUUUAAUCUCUGAACAAUGGAAGGAAAUGGGAUGGCAAGGAAAAGAUCCUUCAACAGAUUUUAGGGGUGGUGGUUUCAUAUCAUUAGAAAACCUAUUAUUCUUUGCCAGGAAUUAUCCUAAAUCCUUCCAGGAUCUCCUCAGGAAGCAGGAUGGUGACCGAGCUCUAUGGGAAUACCCCUUUGCAGUAGCUGGUGUAAAUAUAACAUUCAUGCUCAUACAAAUGCUUGAUCUUCAAGCUGCCAAACCAAGGUCAAUCAUUGGAGCUAUUUUUCUGAAGCUACUCUCAGAGAAUGACCGGGCGUUUGACGUAUUGUACUGCAUAACUUUCAAGUUGAUGGAUCAACAAUGGCUUGCUAUGCGUGCCUCGUACAUGGACUUCAACACGGUCAUGAAAUCAACACGCCAUCAGCUGGAGCAAGAGCUAGUGCUAGAAGAUGUCAGUCGAAUCGAGGAUUUGCCUUCUUAUAGUCUUCUUCGUCGUUAACAACCUCAACCUCUUAUUCUAUAUUUUGAGUCUGAUGGCCAAGAAACUUGGAUGCAGUUGUUUUCUUUGUGUGCUUUGACGUUCUCUUCUUUUGGGUUUUUCCAAGUGCAUUAUAAUUGUUCGUAGCUCGAGAUCAAAAGCAAGCUCUUUUCCUA